CUUGUUUGGGGGGAGUGGAGGAAGAGAAGCCAGGCUCUUUCCUCCUCUGUUCUCCUUUGCAGGCAGAAGUGCAGGAGCAGUUGGAGAGCCAGAGAGAGGGAACCAAAUCUGGCACCCCUGGGAUAAGACACCCACCCUCCCUGGUCCCUACGGGCAGUGCCCCCCAAGCCAAGAUGUCCCAGCUGUCAGUCAAGGAACAUCUGGAUGGGAUUCUCUCUGACUUUGAAGCCCUAAAGAGGUCAUUUGAAAUGGAAGAUGCUGAAGAUAGUGCGGCUUUCUCUCCUUCCUCCCCACCCCAUUCCCCUCUUGGUCCCUGCCUCCCUGGCAUCAUCCUAGCCACUGGCAACGGAGAAGGACAUCGAGCGGGUGGCCCCCUCCAGCCCAGCUACCAGUCCCGUAUCAGCCUCAGCUCCAAUCCCAGCCCAGCUCAAAGCCCCGUCCUCAAGACUCGGAUCAGCAGCAGCCUCUCUUUCAACCGAGGCACUGUCCACCCAGCGCGGGCCAACGGAAGCCACCUCACCCGGGUCUCUUCGUUCCAAACCCGCCUGAACCCCAACGGGUUCUCCUCAUCCUUAGGACCGGGCAGUGACAAUGAAAGCCUCCACAGCUCUUCCUCCAGCUUGGAGUGCCCAACACCCCUCAAAAGCCUUCAUAAUGUGACUCAGCAGUCCGAGUUGCCUGGAAUCGGGGUCUCCCAGCUCUCUAGUCCCAUGCUAAAGAAAUUCUUCUCACAUGGCAAUGUCUUUCAUGCUGAGGCUGACCAGUCCAUCCAGCAGGUGUCCAAUUGUGGCUCACUGCCAUCGCUGGACCUGCACAUCGCCGAAGACCAGGGGGCCAACCCCACCCUCUAUCCACCCCUAAGCACUAACCCUGCUGUCAUGCAGAGCUCCAGUGACCACAGCUGCAUUGUGCCUCCACCAAAGAACAGCACAUCCACAAGGAAGGAGUCUACCAUGCCACCACUGGAGAUGUGCCACUUGGCACAUGUGUCCCCUCCUGCCCCAGCUGCCAGGCAGACAGUAAAGUUGCAGAAAUUCCCCAUCAGCUUGGAUGGCUUGAUUGAAAAGACACCAGAGGGUGCUGUUCUGACACCCGCACCUGAAUCUGUGCCCAAACCUUCGCCGAGGGCUCAGAUUCACGUCAACCUCAGCACUAGCCCUGGCUUGUCCCGGCAACCCACAGAAAUAACCAAGGAUAGAGCUGUUCCCAUAGCUGCUGGUUUCACGUCACCCUCUCCAGGCCAGCUUCCAGGAACAGCAGGCUCAGCAUCCCCUCCUCAGGUUACUUCCUUCUGGCUUGUCUCGCAGUCUCAGGCAGGGCAAGUUGCUUCCCAGCCAUCCCGAGGGUCCCCUCCCAUGGGCCCUGCCCAAGGAGCCCCAGCCACACCCAGCCCAAGAGGACAUGGUAGUGCUGCAGCUAGGAGCAUCGACUCCAUCCCCGGCCAAGAGGGGUCCCAGCCUCAGGCUCCAGCGCCCACUCCUGGCUCAAGGGAAGAGCCCCUCACACUGGCAAACAGGCCACCAGAGGCUUCCUCAGAGAAGAAGGAAUCGCAAAGGGAGGACUUACUGAAGGAAGAAAGCCAUUCCGAGUCUUUGUGGAUUAGCAUGGAAGCCCAGCCGUCGCAACUGCAGCAGCCUCCGGAUGGCCCUGGAACCGCAGACCGGGAGCUGUUUGGUUAUGUGGGGAUCGAGGCGGUGAUAGAUCAGAUGAGGAUCAAGACCAUGAAGACGGGUUUUGAGUUCAACAUUAUGGUUGUAGGGCAGAGUGGCCUGGGCAAGUCAACCAUGGUGAACACACUCUUCAAAUCCAAGGUGAGCCGCAAGUCGUCCUGCCCCGGUUACGAGGAGCGUAUUCCGAAGACCGUGAAGCUGCUCUCCGUCACCCAUGUCAUUGAAGAGAAGGGUGUGAAGAUGAAGCUGACAGUGACGGACACGCCAGGAUUCGGGGAUCAGAUUAACAAUCAAAACUGCUGGGAGCCAAUCCUUGAAUACAUCAGUGACCAAUACGAGCGCUACUUAGGAGAAGAAAUUCUUAUCAACCGCAAGAGGAAAAUCCCUGACACCCGAGUUCAUGCCUGUGUGUACUUUGUGCCACCCACCGGUCACUGGCUACGGCCCUUGGACUUGGAAUUCAUGAGGCGGCUGAACAAGAUCACCAACGUGGUCCCUGUGAUUGCCAAAGCAGACACUCUGACCUUAGAGGAGCGGGCAGUGUUCAAACAAAGGAUCCAAAAGGACUUGAAGGAUCACAACAUCCAUGUUUACCCCCAGGAGGAGUUUGACAACGACUCUGAUGAUCGGUUUUUGAAUGACAAAAUACGAGAGAAAAUCCCUUUUGCUGUGGUGGGAGCAGACAAGGAGCAUCAAGUGAACGGAAAGAAGGUCUUGGGCCGCAAGACCAAGUGGGGGAUCAUUGAAGUGGAGAACCCGGCCCACUGCGAGUUUCCUUUGCUGCGGGACCUCUUGAUCCGGUCUCACCUCCAGGACCUGAAGGACAUCACCCACAACGUGCAUUACGAGCAAUACCGCAUGAACCGCCUCAACGAGAGCAACCUGAAGGCCAAGGGCGGGGAGCGGCUCGGCUCGGCCAGUCGGGAUCCAGAAAGUCACCUUUGAACUGCGGGGACGGCACUGCUCUUUUGCCCCCCCCCAACCUUGUGCACCUUCCCCUCCCCUCUGGACUUACUUUUUUGUCCCCCAGCGCAGAAUUCCUGAGAGACGUGCCCCCUACCCGCCCCCUUGCCCCACCUCUUCCGAGCAUAUAUAGACUUUGAAACAGCAGCCGAAUUGCUGGGCGCCUCCCCUCCCCCUGCCUUCCCUGCGAUUAGAUGAUCCUGGUCACAGGGACCCUUGACGGAUGGCCCUGUGCAGCCGUGCCCCCCCGGGCCCCCCCGUCCAAUCCUUUUGCCUGGCCUCUGCCCCCCCCCAGGGAGACCCCCUUGCAGUGCCCCCUUCCUGCUUCUCCCCUCUUCUCGAGUACUGGGGGCUUUCAGAUGACCCCCUUCGUGCUCGUCAUUCACGGGAGAAUGCCUGAGAGCAGCGGAGGGGUCGGUGCUACGUGAUGCCUGUCAGUGCUGGAACAAGAUUGAGAGCCCGGCGACCACUUCAGAGUCCUGCUCGUGCAAUGGCUCUGCUGCCCCGGAGACAAUUUCCUGGCAAAAGGCACAGCCUCAGAGGUCCUUCUGGGUCUUGGACCACUUCUUCAGACUCGAGCUGGGAGCUGGGAGCUGGGAGCAGGGACGGAUCGGUGAAGCCUCCCGCAAGGAGGCAGGCAUGGCCAAACUGUUGGAAUCAGCCACUCGCUGACCAGAGAGCAAAGCUCCCGCUGUGCACCUCUCGCCCUAGAGGGAGCAGGGCCUUGGACUGGAAAGCCCAAUGCUGGUGUUUCACAGGCGGCCCCUUGUUGGUGCGAUAGGGGAGAAUUCUCCUUCUCUGGGAAGCAGGACAGCCUGCUGUGAUCCCGUCGCUGUUGGGCACGUUCGCCAUUUCCAGUUAACACAUUAAAGCACGAC